AUUCAAGUUAAAACUUGAAACAAGCUUGCUGAGAAGCCAUUGUUGCGGGGUUGAAGACGAAAAGAAUCGAAGAAAAUGCCAACGUACAAGAUCAGGGGAAUCGACGUCGAUUUCCCGUACGAAGCCUACGAUUCGCAGAUCGUUUACAUGGACAAAGUCAUCCAAUCCCUUCAGGAGAACUGCAAUGCACUGUUGGAGAGUCCCACAGGAACUGGUAAAACGUUGUGUCUUCUCUGUGCUACCUUGGCGUGGCGCAGGAGUUUCGGAAAUUUCAGAUUUGGUUUGAGCAUGAACGCCAGUGAUAAGUCCGAGGAUAAAACCGAGAUUUCGCAUUCGUCCCUGCCAUCGUCCCCGCCCUCGCAAUCUGAGUCCUCAGGUUUACCUACAAUAGUAUAUACUUCGCGCACUCACAGCCAGAUCCGUCAGGUGAUUCAAGAGCUGAAACGAUCGUCUUACAGGCCUAAGAUGAUAGUAUUAGGAUCUAGGGAGCAGCUUUGCAUUCAUGAUAAAGUGAAGUCACUUCACGGGAAAACACAAACAAAUGCUUGUCGAGCACUCUGCCAAAAGCGUAGAGGGAAGCAACGAUGCAAUCAUUUACCUCAAGUUGCUGAUUACUUGAAGAGCAAUCCUCAUCUUGGAGAAGAACCUGUAGAUAUUGAGGAUUUGGUCAAUAUUGGCAAGAGUUUUGGGCCGUGUCCUUAUUAUUUAUCAAAGGAGCUCCAUAAGUCUGUGGAUAUAGUAUUUGCUCCAUACAACUAUCUUAUUGAUCAUGCAUAUAGAAAAUCUCUGCAACUUUCAUGGAGCAAUAGUAUACUCAUAUUUGAUGAAGCUCACAACCUUGAAGGCAUAUGUGCUGAUGCAGCCUCCUUUGAUUUGCCUUCGUGGCUUCUAACGGCUUGCAUUUCUGAGGCUCAAAAAUGUGUUGACCUUUCAAUAGAAAGAAGAGAAAAAUCAAAUGAUAAGUCACAGAAUCCAGAUGAUUUUGCGAUCCUUAGAGCACUUCUUCUAAAACUUGAAAAGCGGAUUGCUCAGGUGCCUAUUGAAUCAAAGGAGUUGGGAUACACCAAACCUGGGCCUUAUAUAUAUGAACUGCUAGCUGAUCUUAACAUCACUUCCAAGACUUUUAAAAAGCUUUCCGCGAUAAUUGCAGCUGCUUCAACCCUUAUUGAGGAGGAUAACCAGCAGAAAUCAACUGGUACCAUCUGCAGGUUGGAUAGCAUUGGUGAAAUUCUUGACAUUGUUUUCAAGGGUGGAAGAACUACUCAUGCUACAUACUAUCGAGUUCAUGUGCGGGAGUACGAAGCUAGGACUGCCAGUGGAUCUAAAGGAAAUGUGUCAAGGACACUCAGCUGGUGGUGUUUUAAUCCUGGAAUAGCCAUGGAAGAAUUUCAUAAGUUGGGAGUCAGGUCUAUUAUAUUGACAUCAGGGACAUUAUCCCCCAUGGAUUCUUUUGCUCAGGAACUGAAACUAGAUUUCCCCAUUCAGCUGGAAAAUCCACAUGUAAUAACCCCAAAUCAGAUAUGGGCUGGAGUUGUACCAGUUGGUCCUUCAGGACGUACUUUUAACUCCUCCUACCGCACUCGCGAUUCUCAAGAGUACAGGCAGGAACUUGGAAAUGCAAUUGUAAAUUUGGCCCGAAUUGUUCCUGAUGGACUUCUUGUAUUCUUCCCCUCUUACUACCUUCUGGACCAAUGCAUUGGGUGCUGGAAAAGCUUGAGUAAUGAAACUUCAACGUCCAUAUGGGAGAGAAUUUGCAAACACAAAAAACCAGUUAUAGAACCUAGGGAAUCUUCAUUAUUUCCCUCAUCAAUCAAGGAUUACAUAUCUAAGUUGAAAGACACCUCCACAUCUGGAGCAGUUUUCUUUGCUGUUUGUCGUGGUAAGGUAAGUGAAGGAUUAGAUUUUGCGGAUCAUGCUGGAAGAGCUGUGGUAAUUACUGGUUUGCCAUAUGCUACAUAUACUGAUCCUAAGGUUCGUCUAAAACGUGAAUACUUGGAUCAACAAUCUCAUCCACGUGGAGAAUUAGUCAAGGUUUUAACUGGAGAUGAGUGGUAUAACCAACAAGCCUCCCGAGCUGUGAACCAAGCUGUUGGACGUGUCAUUCGCCAUCGACAUGACUAUGGAGCAAUUAUUUUCUGUGAUGAAAGGUUUGCACAUCCACAUCGUCAGUCCCAAGUCUCCCGAUGGAUACAACCUCACAUCAAGUGUUUCUCAAGAUUUGGAGAAGUUGUUUAUACACUAACCCGGUUUUUUCGAGAUGUAACAAUCCGCGGACCUACAAAGCUAUCAUUAUUAGAGGUUGAUGAUGGGGGAAAUGUGGGAGAAAUUACAUCAGCUGAUCCCUAUGAUGAUAAAUUUAAUGUCGAAAAACUUCUCUCACCUGUGGCUACACCAGUGGCUGAAAGUUUUUCUUCAAAAGCUUCAUCUUUACUUGGUACUAGAAAAGGCAGUACUUCAUUCCUUGGAAAAAUUAUGCCUGCUAAUCGAUCAUCUCUGGCGUCUGAUGAUUGCAACAUUGUAGAUUGUGUGAGUUCAAGAGAUAAAUGUGGCAGAGUUUUUCUUGGAAAGAAGACUGUGAUACCACAAGAACAUGAAUUGGUUGAUUUGACCGAUACUCGUCAACUGGGUGAAAAAUCAAAGGAUACGCUGAUAGCACCUUGUUCAGUCAAGAAACGUAGAUUUAUAACAGGAGAGUACAACCUGCAGCAACAUUUUAGAGAUUCUCACGAGCCUUCAUGUGGUAGCGGAGAAUUGCAAUGUAAGGAUGAAGGGACCUUCCAAAAGAGAAGUCUGGAGAUCGAUAGUCAAAGAGGUGAUCUUCCUGGUGAUUCUGCACUUUCUGCUAGUAAUGAAACCCAAGGAUCAGCAUUCCUUGCUCAGGUUCGAGAGAAGCUCAGUGCUUCAGAAUAUAUAGACUUUGUGGGUUAUAUGAAGGCACUAAAGACCAAAGCAAUGAAGAUCGGUGAAGUUUUGCAGUGCAUUUGUAGACUGUUCUCAGGACCCGAGAGACUACCUCUACUUAAAAGUAAACAAACGGUGUACUACGUACUACCGUAUCCAUCUGGUGGACAUAGACAUGAACCAAACGGGCCGUUGUAUCUAACACCGUGA